UCAAGAUUCAGUCUAUCUACGCGAUGUAUCUCGGAGUAUUUUUCGUGCUUCUGUUCUCUGUCGCAAUCUCAGACGCACAGUUCCCACACGUGCCUUUUCAGCGUUCCUUAUCUAACGGACCCAUAACCGAAGACUAUUUGAUGUAUGGUAUUCCCGAUGACGCUCGUGUCUACCGCAGGCAAAGCAGAAACGACUUACCUCCGCCCUAUCUUCGAUCGUUUAUCAAAAUUAACAGAAGAAGCCCUCCCGAUCAAGAUCUUCCGUAUCGUAGAAGCAAUAGCGACGCAAAUUUCAAUACGAAUGUCAAUUUGAAUAAGAAUUUGCAAAGUUGGUGGGACGACUACCAACUCGAGUAAUUCUGAACUUUGCUCGAAGAUAAAAUUCAAAAAUGUGAAUAACAACGUGAAUUUUCUAAUAUAACGUGAAGACGUUGCGACAAAAAACUUGUAAUCUCAUUUAUGAAAAUAGACGCGCGCAAACUUCGUGUAGUACAAAUUUAUUUAGUUUGCUUUGGCGGUUUUGGUGGUAUU